AUGGCCCACCCCUCACAACUAGGUUUACAAGAUGCAGCCUCACCUGUAAUAGAAGAACUACUACACUUCCACGAUCAUGCUUUAAUAAUUGUCUUCCUGAUUAGCACCCUAGUACUUUACAUUAUUGUUGCAAUAGUAUCUACUAAACUUACUAACAAAUAUAUCCUUGACUCUCAGGAAAUCGAAAUUAUUUGAACACUUCUCCCAGCACUAAUUCUAAUUUUGAUCGCCCUCCCCUCUCUACGGAUUCUAUACUUAAUAGACGAAAUUAAUGACCCCCACUUAACCAUUAAAGCUGUCGGCCACCAAUGAUACUGAAGCUAUGAGUAUACAGAUUACGAAGAGCUCGGCUUUGAUUCAUAUAUGAUCCCGACCCAGGACCUCACCCCUGGACAGUUCCGGCUGCUGGAAACCGACCAUCGAAUAGUUAUUCCGGUAGAGUCCCCCAUUCGAAUUCUAGUUACUGCCGAAGAUGUCCUACAUUCAUGAGCCGUCCCAUCCCUUGGCGUCAAAAUGGACGCAGUGCCAGGGCGCCUGAACCAAGUAGCAUUUAUCGCCUCUCGACCCGGAGUUUACUACGGCCAAUGCUCUGAGAUCUGCGGGGCUAACCACAGUUUUAUACCUAUCGUUGUAGAAGCAGUUCCUCUAAAGCACUUUGAAAAUUGAUCCUCAUUAAUACUUCAAGACGCCU